CAUCACACAAAAUUCAACAACCCUUUGAACGGUCCUUUUGAGCGGACCCACUCAACUACAAAACCUCCCACUUCUGCGGUCGGUAUAUCACAACAAAACAACAAACAAUGAAACCGGACGCUUUAGUUGAUGAAGCCCUCACCAAGUUGAAGGAGGCUUCUGCGAAACGCCAAUUGUUAAUGGCUCAUGUUGAACUUGACACUGUCAAUCGGAUGCUGAAGAAGCUGCGCGAGGCAAAUGUCGACCACUUACGGCACUCGAAAAGAAUAAAGACGGAAGCUAUCGACACCAAAGCAAAGAACGAUAUCGUUGCCAUGGACAACCUCAUGUAUGAAGGAAUGGAAGGUAGCCUUGGUUUCAACCUUCAAAAGUAUGCAACAAGCGUUGCCGCGAUUACUUGGAAACAAAAGUACUUUCAUUUUACUUGUGCAAACGGUAUCCUUGACAUAUCCGAUUCUUCGCGCCUGUCAUUUCUCAGAAGUUUACCGAAAGAGGUAUCGAUACAGAUGUUGACCGAAUUGACCUGCGCAAAAGAUACCGAAUAUGUGGACUACAAUUUGCCUAUCCAGCAAAUAUUUAAGCAGAUAAAUAGCAACAAUAGUUUUAAAAAGAUUUCAAAAGCGAUAUGCGAUUUCGACUGUCACAAUGAUGAACAGGAGAGUGUACAAGAAGUGUACAAGUUCAUCUUCAAGAUGCUUGAUAAAAAGUCCUUUAUGUUCCAUGGCGAUCGCAUAAAAAUGUAUUCCGAGCGAGACUACAUUGUGAAGUUCUGGGCCCCUGUUUUCGAGACUUUCUUUGGUCAGGACGAGCAUAUUUUUUUACAUUGGCGUGAUACACAAGCCCAACCUUACAAAACAAAUGGUCUUAACAUGAAGCUCGAUAACAGGUUGAUCAGUAUAAGGCGUGGGCGUUACGUUAUGGAGGACAGCGACUGCGAGUACGCCUCGAAGGCAAUCGGCAGAAAACUGUACAGUGACAAGUUAAAACUCGUGCUGGGAGCGAAAGCUUACUUGAAUGAAAUCAUCGCGAAUUGCCCGCACUUGGACGAAGAUGACAUCCGCGACAUUCGAAUUCCAUACCUGCAAAUCCUGGGCUUUCAGGCGGUGUUGUCUGUACUGUCGAUCAAAGACAAGGGAGUUUACAUUGCGGAAGAAGUUUUCAAAUUUGACUUCCCAACAACCAAGAAGCAGAUACGGAAAGGUCAUUUGGGAGACCUUGUUAAGGCUCUGUCGUUGCUGAAACAUUUACUGAAGAACCUGAAUAGCCGUACCGAAGAAGGAAAAGUUGACCAUGGUGGCAACAAAACGGCACGCGUCAUUGAAGGAAUUAGCACAAAAAAAGUCGGAAAUAAUCAGUGGUUGAGUAAGGUUCAAUUGCCAUCUGACUUUGACGAUAACGAAGUUGAUGAUGAAGCGGAAACCGGAGACGACGUUGCCGACGAAGACGAAGUGAAGCAAGAAAAGGAAGAAGGUUUUGAAUUUCUCAUAUAAUAAUCCCAUCACCAAACGUUUGCAAGGAAGAUAUUGGACGUAUUCUUUUUUUACAUGUCAUAUAGGAUGAUAAUACAGUGCGGGCAGAUUUACCAUUGUAUCGAUGAAGCGAUGGGGGUUUGUGUAAUUUUAAUUCUAAAUUUAACAAGCCGUACACCCGCUGUGCAAUGGAUGCCGCCUGCCACCGGAGGCCGCCCUCUUACAUUGAGCGACUUUCGUCA